CUAUAGACAGGUUCUUAUACACACAAUCUGCCUCCAUGGGAAGGGCUUUAAGUGGUCACUAUAGGCAGGUGAUCACAAUAGACAGGUGGCCACUAACACAGAUUUGACUGUAUAACCUUACGGUUUUACGUGGACUGUGCUAAGAAAAGUUUUGUGACACACAGUACAAUUAAGUGCACACAUCACUAAUGUGUAUGUGUGUAUGAGCAGUGAACUUAAUGUGUAUAAUAAAUAGCAUGUGACUUGACUCGAAUUUGGCAGUUUGCUGUAUGUAAACAUAGCCGAAAAGUGAUUUUGCCUGAAGCUGCACGAUUCGAAAUUGUUUUGCUUGCAUCCACUUCCUCAAAGGAGAAUAGCGUUUUGAAAAUAAAUCGGCAUUAGGAGAUAAUUACCAAUUAGGCCUAUUAAUUUGUCUAGAUUCUCCGCUGAUUCUUCAACAAAUUAAAAUAGAGAGUAGACAUGUUUUGUCGUCAGAAAACGUUGCUAUUGACCCUGGCAUUGGUCACCAUCUUGUCCAUGUGUCCUGGUGAUUGUCGAGGUGACGCUCCCUGCUGCUGUCCAACCUUCUGGACUGCAUACAACGGUAGCUGUUACAGAUUGUUCAGUUACAGUAUGAAUUGGCAUGAAGCCGAGGCACAUUGCAACCAAUUCUCCAGACCGUCUCUUGGUGGUGGGGACAGGAAUAGCGUGGCUCAUCUUGUAUCCAUUCAUUCCCCAGAUGAGCAUGAUUUCGUUGUUUCUUACUUCAGAUCUACAGGAAUCAAGGAUCUCGGAGCUGAUGAAUCAAUUGGGCGUGUUGGUGACAUGUGGAUUGGUAUCCAUGAUACUACCAGCGAGGGAAACUUCGAGUGGACUGACCGAUCCUCGUUCACCAUGAACAUGUGGUACCCCGGACAGCCAGACAACUCUGGUUCGGGUGAAGACUGCGGGGAGAUUAGAAAUGUCAUAGGCUUUAAGUGGAACGACAGACCGUGUGACAAUGUUAACAAGUACUUCAUGUGCAAGUUACCAGUUUGGUAAACUGAACGGGGAUUUCCCACUAGGCCAGGAUCUUGGGAACGAUUUUUUUUAUUGGAGUAUGCUGAUGUAAAUUUAAAAUGCAAAAAAAAAAGAAUUUAAUGAUUUCCCACUUUUUAGAAUUCCAGGGGGGGGGGUGCUCUCAAUAAUUUUUUAAAUAGAAUUCAAUGGGGGAGGAUGCUUAUCACUUUGACUUACCUGUUAGAAAAGUAAAAACGAUCUCCCAAGUCGUGACCGAUAUUGAGUAUGCAUUUAACAUGUAACUAACAGGAGUAAGUUUCGAAAAAAAAUUGUUCUCAAAUGCAGAUUCAUUUCAAAUUUAUGCCAUUUUGAUUAUGGGUGAACUUCUUUGUUAAGUUAUAAUCAAACCUCAUUGCUAUUGAGAUGACGUUGAUGUCAUACAAUGUGAUUGGUGGUAUACUUCAUUUCUACGUUGAUUGUAUGAGGUAUUUUAAUGUUAUCAAUUGAAUAAAUGGGAAUUAGUAUAUACCGUUCGGGGAGUAUACAGUACAAGUCGCCGGUACAUGAACCU